AUGUGUCGUAUAGUUGAAUUUCAACCUAUUGUUGAUGUAGUAUCAGUAACAAGUGAAGAAAAAUGUUCAACAGAUAAUGAUUGUAAUUUUGAUCUUAUGUGUAAUACCGAUAAAAAUCUAUGUACAUGUCCAGAACCAUAUUUUUGGUAUGAUGAUAUUAGUGCUUGUGUUGGUUGUGCAUUUAAUUGGUUAGAGUUCGAGACAAGUAAAUGUCUCUUAUUUGUUAUAAAUCAUUCUACAGGUGUUACAUGGUAUGAAGCUGAAAAAACUUGUAAAGCAUUGGUUGCGCAACCUAUGACAAUCAGUACUACUAAUGAAUUUAUAGCUUUACAACAUAAAAUUAACUAUAUAUUUAAUAGAAAUGAUACUUUAAAUGCUAUGUCUCAUUUUCAUCAAGGUACAUGGAUUCAAAUCGAUAAUGCAUCACCUCUCAUGCAAUCUGGAGUGCAAAUAGAUCUAACUAAUGUAGAAAAAAAUGAAAAAACAAUGGUUAGAGCUCCAGGUAAACCUGCAGUUAAACCUCCAGCUAAACCUCCAGCUAAACCUGCAGUUAAACCUCCAGCUAAACCUCCAGCUAAACCUCCAGCUAAACCUCCAGCUAAACCUCCAGCUAAACCAAUAAUUCUAGUUACUACAAAAGCUAAAGUACAAACAACGAUUAAAGCAACUGCUAAAACAACUGUUAGAACAACAGCUAAAACUACAAUAAAACAAACAACAAAAGGUUCUGGUAUUAAUGCGAAUAAUGUCGGAAAUGCUCUUGUAAAUGGAAUUAAUAGUAUAGGACAAAUUCCAAGUGGAAAUAACAAUCAAAAUUCAAAUUUUCAAAAUAGUAAUGUCUAUGAUACUAUGAUUGAAGAAUCCUCUAGUGCAAAUGCGCGUAUAGAUUGGAAAAAUGUUCUUUUUUAUGGUGGUAUAAUCUUUGGUGGUAUUAUAUUUUUAAUCGUUAUUAUUUUUCUUGUAAAUUAUUUUUUAAAAAAAAAGAAAACAUCUGUAAAUAAUCGAAUAAGUGUUGAAAGUAUUGAAAGUUCUACAAGUACUAUUACUUAUGAAUAA